UAUUGCUUCAAAUUAAUUAGUUCAACUUUCAUAUUGCUUUAGCUAUGGACAUCAGAGACGAGAAGUGGAGAAAGGUUGCAGAACUCAACGGACUGUUAUCUGACAUUGAACGGAGUGUACAGUAUCUAGAUACAAUGGUUGAGAGAAGUGAGAAGCCUUUGGUUAUAAAUAUUGAAACCAAUAUAAGCACAGUAAGAUAUUUGGUGGCAGCUUAUAGGCUCGACCCUGGGUUCAUUGCAGAACACCUUCAUGGAGGGCUAAAAGGCAUAAAAGAUGAACUUGAUGAAAUAAGUAAUCAAAUUUCGAAAGUGGCUACAAGAAAGAUAAAUCAGCUACUUUCUGAAUGGUUGGGAAUCAUUGUUAAGAAGACAAAUAAAAUAAAGUUGUUGACUUCUAAUUUUGGCGAGCUGCCACCAGAUAAAAAAAUAGUGGCCAUCGGGGCCGAGGCAUCGACGUCAACCCGUGGAAAGGUAAAAAUGCUGUCAAAUACCCGACAAUGCAUUGAUUUGUGCGUUGAAGAGAGCCUUUUGGUUUCGCCUAUGAUCGCCAGUCUUAAGAAGAGCUACGACCGUCUUCCUCUCGAACUGAAGCUGUGCUUGCUCUGUCUUUCGGUGUUUCCUGAGAAUUUCGUCAUUAAGAAAAGGCCAUUGGUGUACUGGUGGAUGGCAGAAGGGUUCCUCACUGACGAGGAUGAUGAUGGGGAAGGAAACUUCAUGGAGCUUAUCCGUAAGGAGUUCAUACAACCAUGCUAUCAUGAAGGAGGUAACAUGGCCGGGAAAGUAGGUGCUUGUAGAGUGCAGCCUUGGAUCCGAAGAAUGUUAGUUUCAAUUGCUUUAGAAGCCCAGUUCUUCGAAUUUUAUGGCGGAAGGGAGAAGAAAGAUGGGAUUUGGGCGCGGCUAUGCUUAUGCAAUAAUGAAGAAGAUCUCAACCACGCCAUCACCAGUAAAACUGAAAUGGUGUUGGAUGAUGAAAGUACUUUUCAAAGGUUAGAAAUGGUCGCAGAGAGGUUAAAAUGGGCAAAAGCUAAAUCUAUCUAUUAUGCAAAUAAACUGGAUCGUGCCAUUGAUAUGGGGGCCUCUAAUAUAUCAGGGGACCCGGAGGUGAAUGGUGAGCAGCAAACCAACUAUGUUACCUCUGAUGCUUUAGAUGACUUGUGCCAUGGUUGUAUAUAUAUACUGGAUAUUUUGAUUGUUAUGGUGCACGAUGAUCGGAAAGUAAUCACGUUGGGUCAUCUUAGGAGCCGCUGUCAGUGGAUAAUUGAUAAUAGGAAGAGAUAUUAUGAUGAGUUUGGUGUUUGGUCGGAUAAUCUUCUUCCUCAGCAACGCAGUCUUAGUAAGGAAAUAAGUGAUUUGCAAGAGGAGAUGCAAGGUACCUAUGCGACUAUAAAACAUCAACUUGAGGCCUUGAGAAGUUGUUUAAACGAUUGCAUGCGCCAUGAUGAUGAGCUCUACAACAGAAGAAAGAACUGUGAGUGGUUGCAAAAACACGACGACAUGUUUAGCCCAUACCACGACCUCACCCUGCAUUUCCCCUCUCCCAUGAAGAAAAGGGAUGAUGGUGAAUACUACUAUGAAGGGGGUAAGGUAUUUGGGAAUCAUUAAUGUCAACCAAGAUAACCCAAAUUUGGAGGAGAAAUGGUUUGGGAGAUUAAAAAACCUUCACACUUUUCACUUGGGAAGGUGGCAAGACUCUAGGCCAAUCCAUCACAUUGAUGUUCAAAAUCUUGGAUUCUUGAAAGCCUUGUUCCAAGUAGCCAAGCAUUUGAAAUAUCUGAGCCUCAGAGGAGUUUCAGGGAUUAGUGAGUUGCCUUCCGCUAUUUCUGAAUGCUGCAACCUCCAAACAUUGGACCUCAAGGCAUGCUACAGUUUGGAAAACCUUCCUCCACAGAUUGUGUCGCUUGCCAAACUCACUCACUUUGAUGUAUCAGAAUGCUACCUCCUUCCUCAGAACGACAGACUAUGGAGUUCAGUACUCGAAAAGCUUAAGCUGCUCCGAACGCUCAAGGGUGUGAAAAUAUCAAAGAGGUUCAAAAUUAAGAGUGCUGGGAAAUUAAGGAAGUUGGGCGUCAUCUUCACUGCAUCCAUGGAACUCACACUUCCAACCCACUGUUUUCACCACCUUCGUGUUCUAACAUUGACAUGGAGGACGACUUCCUUUGAGAAACCUAAGGUCACAUUUCCUCCACAACUUCUUCAAAAUCUAAGCAAAUUAGAUCUGAGAUGCUAUCCUGAGAAGGAUUGGCCGGUUUGGCUUCAUCAACUUCCUGCUUUGGAGAC